UCCCUAGCAAGCUUUUUGACUUGGGUUUGGACUCUACUCUCUCUAUAAAUUUCUGUUUCCUCCCUUUUCCACAUAUCCAAAGAAGAAAGGCAUCCAAAAAUGGCCAGCGUAAGGUUUCGUAGCUUUUUACUUGGACUCGUAGUGUUCCUUCUCCUAGCUCUAUGCAGGGAUGAAAAUACAAAUGCAAAUUUUGUGGCAGCACGAGCAAUUUUUGAUGCCGUGCCAACUGCAGCAGAAGCUAGCGAAGCAGAGCCUGGUGGAAGAAGAAUGAUGAAGGGCGUCUCGGGACAGGGGAUCAUGGCGAGAGAAGCCGACACGAGCCGUAAUCAAGGAGCUCCAAAGAUUUCUGGCGAUAAUGAAGGAGAAGGGAAGCUGGAUAAGUUGAAAGUUGAUCAAAUGGAAGGCUUUGUGGCUCUGGGUGCAGAUUACUAUGUGCCAAAACCCCACCCCCCGAAGAACAACUGAGAAGUGUAAUCCUUCGUCGUUUUUCCUUGUGUUUCUAUAGGUUUUCCAUAGAAAUAGUAGCAUUGCGGCUUAUCAUACUUGUAUGUAUGCAAUAGAGAUCGGUUUAAUGUUGACAAGUAACUUAAUUUUAUGUCAAGUUCCAGCGUUAGUUUUAAUUUCUUUUAUUUUGUUUUAAAAGAGAGAAGCUUAAUUAGAUUUCAAACAACA